GCCUAUAUCUCGUUUUUAUUGAUACUGACGUAUCAGUUUACGAUAAAGAAACGUUUAAUUUGUUAAAACAAUUGUCUGUCUCCCACAAUGCAUUGCGCUGUUGUGGUUUAGCUCCCUGUCCAACAUGGCGGCCGCUGGCUGUGUCCUCCACAGAACCCUGACCCGGUCCGGAACCCUUGCGAACAAGGUGUCCUCAUCCCCUCCCGCUGUCUGCAGGGAGUUUCUGUAUGUGGUGGACCUGCAGCGUUACAGCAGAGACGAGGGAUCCUCCAUCUACCUCCAUCAGGCUGUCCUCAGCGGUGAUGACCUGUAUGACAUCACACUGACAGACGGGGACUGCAGGCUUCAGGUGACUCUGGAUCCUGGUCUGAACCGGCUGGUGGAGCGGAACAUCCUGCAGCCUGGAUCAACACUACAUAACGCCACCUUCACCCCCUGUGGAGAGAGAUACAGCUACAGGCUGGUGAGUGUGGAGGUCACAGAUGGAGCUCCAGGCGAUGAUGAUGACGGAGUCAGGAGGGACGAUGUGGACUGGGACUCUCUGCCCUGGUUUGGCUCCUCACAUCCUGCAGGUCCUGUGCUUCCUCUGAGAGCCAACAGGAGUGUGUUUCUCCCUCUGUGGAACAAUGUGGACUACAACGGGGCCGUGUGGCGGGAGGCCCUGCCCACUGAGGAAGAGGAAGAGGAGGAUGAGGAGGAAGAGCAACGUCCUGCUGCGACGGUCUCUGAGCUGCGAGACUCCUUCCUGUCUGGUCGUCGGGGCGUCGCCAGGGGCGUCGUCCAGCUACAGCUGAUUGUACGCAUCAUCAACAAGUCACACCUGAUGUAUUAUGGGAAAACAGACCGGAGCUGUGAGUGUCCUUAUAAGGCGGUGUUGGAGGUGUGUGACCAGACUGGAAGUGUGUGUGUGGUGUUGUGGAACAGCGUGUGUGUCAGCUGGUAUCGCUGUCUGAAACCCGGUGACAUCAUCAGCCUGAGACGCUAUCGAGUCAAACAGCAUUACCAGGCUGAGCUGGAUGAUAUCGAGAUCAGCGUGAACAGCAGAAAUCCUACCGCUCAGAUAACUGUUCUCCCAGAGUCCUCUGUUCCACCUGAUUGGCUCCCACCGCCACCGUGCUACCACUUCUACAACAGUCAGCAGCUCCAGGACUGUCCUCACAGCCUCGUGUGUGAUGUCAUUGGCCUGCUGAUGUUCUCAGGACGAGCAGAGCGAAUCAGGAGCAAGGACGGUCGGGGGGCACAGCUUUUGGAGUAUCGCUGGCUGCGAUUGGAGGACGGAGCCAGCGAUCAGCCGAUCAUGAUGAAGCUGUUCUCCACGUCUCAGCCUGAAACCCACCGCAGGCUCCACCCACUGUCGGUGGUGGUCUGUACCCGACUGAAGCUGAUCCAAGCUGCAGGUCAGACCGGGGUCGGCUGGUACCUGACCAAUACAACAUACACGCAGGUGUACUGCACAGGACUGGGCCACCACUCAGCAAUGAGCUACCGUAACAGCCAGGAUGAGGGACAGGUGCUGAGUCGGGCUCUGAUUGGAGGAUUCUUCAUGUACCCGCCUCCUCCCGUGUCCUUGGAAACGUACAUGAAAGACAGGAGAGGUGGGCUGAGUUUUCUGCGAGGGGCGGAGCUUCAGAGGGAGGUGGAGAGGCUCUGUUACCGGGAGCGACGAACCUUCUGUAUCCAGGCAACCGUUGUCAUGGUUACGUACAGCCACAGAGGGGAGGAGGAUCGCUGUUUGUUCUGGACAGACCGAGCUUCAUCUUCAUUCUCCUCAUCCUCCCCUCACCUGUCUCCCUCCUUCUCCAGCUCUGUCCUCCCUCUCCCCUCCACCCCUCGUUUGUUCAGACCCCCUCCCACCUCCUCGUCUUCCUCUCCAGCCUCGCCGUCUUCGGCUGUCAGUCGACUGACACCUCGCCCUCUUCGCCACAGAGCAAGGAGGCUGUGUAAGAGGAAGCAGCUGCUGCAGGCUGAGACGCCAAAGAGGCGUCCACUGGUGGUGUUAGAACCGGAGCAGAGCAACACGACAGAGAUCCUGUUCAACGCCUCCAUGGAGUUUUUAGAGAGCACAAACACUGAAGAAGAGGAUGAUGAUGAUGAUGAAGACACCUCGUCCUUCGUCACCGCCCCGCUCCCUCCAUCCUUCCCACACAUCGCCAAGGAAACUCUGCCGAUGCGUUAUGACUAUGCCCGCAGGGAGGAGCAGGUGGCCGCUGUGGCAAUGGGAGGGAGGGCGACACCUGGGAGGUUUGACUCCGCCCCUGAGGACUAUUACACACUGAGACUCAGAGCUCUGUCAGACGGUGUGUUGGUCGACGUCGUCUUCCUCCCCCACUCCUCUUCUCCUGUCCUCCCUCACCACAACACCUGGACCUCCAUCUUAUCACACGGAGCCUUCUCCUCACAGACUCCUCCCCCUGCCCCAGCUGACCUCGUCGGCGUGGCGGCACAGCUGACCAAUCAGAGGCUGGUGUGUGUGGUGGAGGCGUGUCACCUGGGCGGAGCCACAACAGAGCUCAUCCUGAGCCGAGCGUUUCACCUGACCGACUGACACACAUACACAGAUGCCUGGUGGACGUUCAUCAUUUUAAACUUUACUUUGAAUAAUUUAUGGUGUUUAUUUUCAGUUGCAGUUGAUUUAACGUGUGAGGAUGCACAGUGAUGCACUUUACUGGUUGUUGGGUCUGGGAGGUGUUUUUUAAGCUACAUUUCAAGAGCGCACGUGACAAACGUGGCUGUUUGCUACAAGCAGCAGUUUGGAUAACACUGUUAUUAUAUCACAGCCAACAAAUUACUGCAGUCGUGUCUAGUGUGUGUGCUGCCGUGUAUUUGGAGCUGGUACCAGUAAAACCAUUAAAGCAGGACAAACGUGUGGACGAAGACAAGUGGUCUUCAGUGGCACGGGGACGACUUUGUCUACUGCCUAUUUACUGUUCACUGGGUACAGAACUAGUUACUGUCAUUAGAGCAGCUUCUGUGUCUUUAAGUCUCAAAAUAUCAUAUUAAUGGUUACCGAGCUUAGGAUGACGAUAAUACUGGACAAAUGAUAAACGUUCUUCCACAUUUCAAGUGUGAAAAGGAGGAAGACACAAAAUACAAACGUCUCCCCACCUGUAGUUCUUCCACUAACCCUCUUUCUGGGAGUUGUAGGAUCAUAGAAGUUUACAUUCCACUGUUGACGUUAAAGAAUCUGAGGUGUUUCAUCAAACUCCCGACUGUUUACGUUUAGACCAACAAAGACAAGAAGUGGUUUUCAUAUUUUAUGACCUGAGUUUGUGGAGAAUGAUAAAAUAAUGCAUUUCACAUAAAGUCUGAUUUAAAGCAAGCUGAGUAAAUAAGAUGAAACAUCCACCUAAGUAUUUUACCAACUGUUUGGUCCAGGCUUUCUAAAUCACCCUUGUGUCUGUUUCACAAGUUGUUGUUUGUUGUUUGUUCUGUAAAAAAGUAUUCAAUGUCAUUUUAUUACCAGAACAGAAUCUGUGCUCCCCGGUAUUCUGAGGCACAUUUCUGUCAAUGUUUCUGAAGAGGUUUACUGUGCUUUGGUCUCAUUUCCAGCUUUCUCAACGCUGCUGUCUUAUUUUGGAAAGGCCUUGUAGCUCCACUCUCAGUUGUUUCUAAUGAUUCACGGCUCAGUUUUGACCUUCUCUGUUCAGUUUUUGGAGAGAGAGGAGUUUUUAUUUUACAACAUUCAGUCUAAUAAAGUCUGACCUCACGUUUUCUACUG